UCUGUCAGGCAGACUAUGGCAGAGCCUCGGCGGUCGGCGAGCAGUAGAGUACAAAGAUAGCGCAAGACACGGGGUCGUUGUUGAGUUGUCUCUGUGUGGAUAUUGUUCCCGCGUCCCUCAAAUCUCGGGGACAGGCGGACAGGGCCGGUCAGUCCUAGUCUAGUCGCUGUCGUGGCCUGGCUACACCAAGCCAGUGUUUUCCAGUGGGGUGUUUGUGGUAGUGCGAACUGCGUGAUUUUUUUGAGUGACACUGUGGUCAGUGGUAGUAUCGGUGCCUUAAGAUAAGAUGGCACUAAACCAGGACGAGGCAAAACAAGAGGUUCGAGUGAACCAGGACUCGGAAACGGACCUGCAGGCACUUUUCGACACCGUUCUGAAACCAGAUUCAAAAAGACCUUUACAGGUGCCAUGGAGUAUGCGAAAGCUCCCGGACUCUUUUUUCAACCCUCCCUCGACGGGGUCGAAAUCUAUUAACCACUCUCGCGAAAAUUCCGUGGACUCUGCUUUCGGGGGUGGUGCGACAGCCGCAGCUCCGGUCAAUUCCGUACCCUUGCAAACCGCUCACCACCGAGCCCACAGUUCGCCAGCAUCUCUUCAGCAGACCUAUGCCGUGGGCCAGCAGCAGGCUCCAGUCCAUCACAUUAAACAAAGAUCGUACGAUGUGGCUAGCAAAACAGAAGACAACACCCCCCUGCCGCCCGGAUGGGAACAAGCUCGCACCCCUGAGGGACAGGUGUAUUAUUUAAAUCAUACAACUCGCACCACGACAUGGGAAGAUCCUCGAAAAUCGUUAGCCGCCCAAGCAGCUGCCCAGCAACAUCAAAGCGCUGAACAGCUAUUAACUGCACACCAAAUAUCACAUCCCCAAUCACCGAACCCUAAUACUGCCAAAGUAAAUUCAGAUGUAGAUUUAGGGCCUUUACCUGAAGGAUGGGAACAGGCACAGACUCCUGAGGGGGAAAUUUAUUUCAUUAAUCAUCAAACUCGUACAACUUCGUGGUUUGACCCUCGAAUUCCUACGCACUUGCAACAGAGGCCAGCGGGGGCGAAUUUAGUUGGGUCAACAUGGCAUUCGCAGGCUCUGUCAUCUUCACCUUCAAAAGCACAACAAAUAAGGCUACAACAGCUACGGAUGGAACGUGAAAGACUUAAACAGAGGCAGCAGGAAAUUAUGCGGCAGCAGGAUAUAAUGAUGAGAAGUUCAAGUGAUUUACCUGUUAUGGAUCCAUUUUUAUCUAGUUUGACUGACCACUCACGUCAAGAAUCCGGGGAUAGUGGGCUUGGUAUGGGGACAACAUACUCGAUGCCACACACACCUGAAGAUUUUUUAGCGAAUAUGGACGAUAACAUGGAUGUUGGUAGUGAAAGUCAUACGAUGGACACACCUGAUAUUUCAACGUUAAGUGAUAAUAUCGAUUCUACGGAUGACUUAGUGCCAACUUUACAACUGGGAGAGGAAUUUCCUAUACUAGAUGACGUACAAUCAUUAAUAAACCCUCCCACUACAAAGCCCGAUAAUGUACUCAUCUGGUUGUAAUUUAAGUGCCUAAAAAUCUGCUCACGUCUUUCGAAAAUUAAGGCAGUUUAUUGUAAUUUGACCUUAAUUCGUGUAGGUAAAUGAUUAUUUAUUGAAAAAAAAUUUUUUUUUUAAUAAGCUGCUCCUUGUUUGCAAUAUACCACAUGCAUACGCUUUAAAUGGCAAUAAAAUCUAUUUUUUAAGAAGUGAAAUUGUUAUGCAUAAAUUUUUAGCAUUUGUAAUUUGUCACAGUUUAUGGGAACGUUUUUACUGUUGGGUAUGUUUUCAUACAUAUUAUUAUAUAGUUUUUAAUAUACAUUAAGUUAGUUGUUACUUUAUAUAUUCAUAUCAAAUUUUAUUCUAUUUACAUUGAAUUGACCAGGUAUUAAAUUUUUUCUAUUAAGUGUGUUAUUUGAUGACGUCUUAGAGAGCUCAAUCAAAUACUUUGAGGUAGUUAAAUUUAAGGACACCUGGAGUGUACUGAAGACAACUAACUAAAAAUAAACUUUACUAAAUAUUUAUUAAAUGUUGUGUUCUAGUAUCUACGAUUAAGUUGACAUCUAAUUUUAUAAAUAUUUUAUGUUAAAUUUUAUAACAAACCCACAAUGUUCUAGAUUUAUAAUUUCAUAUUGUAUCUUUUACAAUCGCAAUUAUUAAGUUUUAUAUUUUAGUAAGUAUACUUCUACCGUGUAUCGGUUUAAUGUUUAAUGGUAUUUUGUAAGUUUUGCACUACCUGUUCAUAAAGUGAACAGUGGUGCGUGCAAAUUUUUCGGUUACUGUUUCUGAUAACGGCACGUUAUCAUGAAAACAUGAUGCUCAUAACUAUAACAAAUCCAUCCAUUUUGGUGCCUUUAAUUAAUAUUUGUACAUAUAAUCGACAAUCGUUUUGUAAUGUAAGUUUAAUUAUAUAUAAUCUUUAAUAUACACUAACAUAUAUUACAGUGCCUUUCGAUGACGAAACUGUGUUAAAAAGCCGUUCAAUUUAUAUCUCUUUGUAGAUGCUUAGAUACAGUUAUCGCUUAAGUAGAUGUAUCAUGGGUAUUUUGCUGGCAAAAUGUACCGUAAUUAUAUUAAAAAAUAGUCCUCUCAACUUUCUUUUUCAGUUGUUGAAUUUGAAUGAAAUGGAACAAAAAACAGUACAAAAGUUGUAAUGUAAUUGUAACAAAGUUGUAAUGUAAUUGUUAAAUAAUUUGGCACAUUUUGGUAGUGACAGCGAUCAUCUCCAUUUUCCUUUUUAUACGUUUAAUAUUACCUUAAAUAUUUUGUGCAUAAAAAAACUUAUUAGAGGCUUAUUUGCAUCUUCAAACUUGGUAUAAAAAUCGGUUUAAGCGCGUUUCAUUUUUUAUGCAUAAAGUAUCUAAAAUAGCGGCAAUUGAAAACUUCUAUAAAGCUUCGAUACUUAAAAAUUUUUAUGUAUGUAAUGUUUGCCGAGGAAAUACAUUCAUUCAAAAGACAGAUUUAUUAAUUGUAUAUUUUAGAAGGCACUUGCAGAUGUAAGCAUUAUUUUAUAAGUACCUAUUAUCCCAUUUUUCAGUAAUUGUAAUCAAGUUAAAAUUUUUGACAUAACCAUCAUGCGUCUAUGUAAAUAUUUUGUUUCAGUUUACUUAACUCUCAAAACUGUAUAUUAAUUGUAAUACCUUUUUGUAACCAUAAUAAUUUUGUAUGUUUUUCCAAUAAACACAAUGAGAUUGGUAUUG